UUUUACACGCCUCUAAAAUAUCCAAAAAUGGAGUGUUUAGUAGCUAACGUUGAACAUAUGAAGUUUGAUAUUGAGGUAGCUCUAGAUGAACAGUUUGGAGCUUUACCUCUACCAUUUCCAGGAAUGGACAAAUCGACUGCAGCCGUAUGCCAAUUCUACGCUUCCGUAACGGGUUGCCAGAAAGGACCGCAAUGCCCUUUCCGACACGUCCGGGGUGACAGAACGAUCGUAUGUAAGCACUGGCUUCGUGGCUUGUGCAAAAAAGGUGACCAGUGCGAGUUCUUACACGAAUACGAUAUGACGAAAAUGCCCGAGUGUUACUUCUAUUCUCGAUUUAACGCCUGUCACAAUAAAGAAUGUCCCUUUCUCCAUAUUGACCCGGAAAGUAAAAUUAAAGACUGCCCGUGGUACGAUCGAGGGUUCUGUAGACACGGACCCCAUUGUAGGCAUCGACACGUAAGGAGAGUACUGUGCACAAACUAUUUAGCUGGAUUGUGUCCGGACGGCUCCAAGUGUAAAUACAUGCACCCCAGAUUUGAAUUACCUGCACCUCCCGACCAGAAUCUUAAGGACCAGAAGAAAACGCCCGUUAUUAUUUGUCAUUUCUGUGGCGAGCACGGACACAAAGCUAUACACUGUAAUAAGAUGGUCGAUCCAAAUAAAGACAUAAUCCAAAACGAUGAGAACAGGAAGCAACAGGGUAACGAAAACGCCGAGGCCCAGAACACCUAUUUGCAGAAAAUGCUACCCAAGAAACUCGAAGACGUAACGUGUUACAAAUGUGGUACGAAAGGCCAUUACGCAAACAGAUGUCCGAAGGGCCAUUUGGCUUUCUUAUCUCAAUCCAAAGCUAGUAAUAAUGCGCAGGACAUGCAGGAUUAAUGAUUAUAAGUGAAUGUAUAAAAUUUAUUUUUAAUAAAAUUUCAAACCGGUCUUAAAAUUCUUCAAAAAUAAAUUCUCGAGUGUUUUACGAACCGUGUAAAAUAGCUUCCAUAAUAUUUUGCGGGGACAAAUCAGUCAAACAUUUUGAAUUAUUAACAAAAUUAACGUAAAAAUUAGGUCAUAUAAUAAAAUUACCCAGUAUGGCAGCUGUAAGUUGAUCUUUUUUCAUGUAUUUGACUUUCAAUAUGCCUUUUACACUGAU